CUCUGACUAUAAAGGACAAAACUUGUAAUUUACAUUGACCAAAUAUGUUGUAAAGAAAAAUACAUGCGUAAACAAUUUAUUUAUUGACGAUGGACAUUGUAGAGGACACUAGAACACGAGUUACGCUGAAUGAGCAUGGAGUCGAUAAUGUUCACAGUACAGAUUUCCCUGGGGAAUAUCCAAACUUUGAUGAUUCUUGGAAUUUUAAAAAGUUUAAAAAGAAUUUCCAAAUAGACAUGAUCAAAAUGAAUGUUGAUGAAAUGGAAUUUGACAUGGUGGGAGUUGAUGCUGCAAUAGCUAAUGCAUUCCGCAGGAUUCUACUAGCAGAGGUCCCUACAAUGGCUAUAGAGAAAGUACACAUCUACAACAACACAUCAAUCAUACAAGAUGAGGUACUCGCUCACAGACUCGGUCUUAUCCCCAUUAAAGCCGACCCCCGACUGUUUGAGUACAAAACAGAGGGUGAAGAAGCGUCUCCAGAGGACUCCAUUAUAUUUCAACUCAAAGUCAAAUGUACCAAAAAUUCCCAAGCCAAGGAUACAACAGACCCUGAUGAACUUUAUAAAGACCAUAAAGUGACAACCAAGCAUUUAAAGUGGAUAGCCAUGAAAGGACAAGACACAAUAUUUAAAGAGGGAGAUUUAAGGCCAGUUAAUGAUGAUAUUCUGAUUGCUAAACUAAGACCAGGGCAGGAAAUAGACUUAAGAGUGUACUGUAAUAAAGGAAUUGGAAAAGACCAUGCUAAAUUCUCCCCUGUCGCCACAGCCUCCUAUAGAUUGUUACCAGAGAUAAAUUUAAAGACUCGGAUCACAGGAGCCCUGGCAGAAAAACUACAGAGCUGUUUCUCACCUGGUGUCAUAGCUAUAGAUAAAAUUAAUGGAGAAAAAGUAGCCAGAGUUGAAAAUCCACGAAAAGACACAUGUAGCCGAGAAGUGUUUCGUCAUGAUGACCUUAAAGACUUAGUGGAACUGAAGAAAAUCAGAGACCAUUUCAUUUUUUCUGUGGAAUCCACAGGGAUACUGGCACCAGACAUACUAGUAGAGGAAGCAAUCAAAGUCCUGAUGAAAAAGUGUCAAGAUUUUUUAUUUUACCAUUUUAUCAGAAUGGAUGGAAGAACUUGGUGGACAGUUGUAUUUGUUUGCUUGUUUAACAUCGUUUGGUCCCAGGACACAUUUUACUUCAGUUCCAAACCGGAGGACAUGGAUGUCAUUGAGGGGUCAGAGGUCCUGCUAAGAUGUGAUGUCUCCAAUCGUCACCACAUCGUAUUCAGCUGGACCCACAACAGGAAGCCGUUAGUCCCCACCAGCAGGCGGUUCCAAGAAGGGAGCCACUUACACAUCCUCCGAGUCACCAGAGAAUUGGAUUCUGGUACCUUCGCUUGUAUCGCCACAAAUAAGACUUCUGGUCAUUCCCUAGUCAGUGAAGCUUCACUCAACAUACAAUGGAUCGACAAAACUGCCACUGUGGAACUGAAGCGACCAAAGCCAAAGGAGUUGGUGCUGAAUUCAGAGGUUCUGCUGAAAUGUCAGAUCACUGGAAACCCAGAGCUGCUGUUUGACUGGUACCACAACACUUUCAGAUUGUUUAACAAGAACAGAAUCAAGAUUUUGGACAAGGGCUCCAAAGUACGCAUUACAAAUGUAACAGCGGAGGACAAUGGCAUUUAUUCCUGUCGCGCAGAGAAUACAGCUGGCGCCCGCUACAGCUCCGAGAACUUCCUGUUGAACGUUAAAGCCCCGGGUACUCCCCAUCUCAUCGAGAGCGAAUUCACACGAUCCCUGACGGUGCUGAGAAAUGACCCCGCUCGUCUGGAUUGUCCGUUUAAGAACGCAACUCGAGUUGACUGGUUCUCACUCCAUGAAAAGAUAUCCAACAGUUCCAGGUACCAGGUUUUUGAGAAUGGUUCCCUGUACUUUCCCAGAGUGAGGUCUUCAGAUGAGGGCAUCUAUAGAUGUGAGGGGCUAGGGGAUAACAGGAGAAUCCCCUCACAAACCUUUGCCUCAGAGCUGUUCAUUGCCAGUCUAGAAGAGUUCAAGAUGGAUUCAUUUGAGCCUCGAUUAAUUCCAAAUUUUCCAGUUGUCAUUCCCAUGCACACCCGAUUUGUUGUCAAAGUGUUUCCACCAGGGGGCAGACCAAAACCCACUCUCGAAUGGCGGGAUAGAAGUGACCUUAUCAUUGGGACAAGCGGCAACAUUCAUGUCAACGAAACCGAACUCAUCUUUGAGAGACCACAAGAGAUGGACUCGGGCAAUUACACUGCCAUUAUUAAAAACAUUGCUGGUAGAAAUCAACAGAAAGUUUGGAUUAUUGUUUCAGUGCCCCCUACCAUAAGAAGGCCGCCAUUAAACAUGGCGGUUGAGGAGGACAGCAGUGCUAUGUUGAGUUGUCAGGUGUCAGGGACUCCAUACCCCGUCACUACCGUCAUCUGGGAGAAAGAUGGGAACCUCAUCAGAAUGGGUUCCACAAGACAUAUCAUAGACCUGAAGCAAGGUACCCUGACAAUAAAGCAGACAGUGAUGGCAGAUGCAGGAACAUACAAAUGUGUGGCCAACACAACGGGACAGAGCUUAGUGGAAUCCCAGGGGGCAUACCUCCACGUCAAAAAGAAAUUGAAAUUUCAUCCUCCUCCUAAAGAUACCUACAUUGAGCUAUCCCAUGAUGCCUCAGUAACGUGCAAGGCUGAGGGAGAUGGACCUGUUCGUAUCGUGUGGCGGAGAUCCACUCCAACAGAUACAGACCCUCACUUCACUUCUAUGGGGGGCACCAUGAAUUUCUUCAAGGUUCAAAGGUCAGAUGAGGGACUAUACACUUGUACUGCUUAUAAUGAUAAGCAAGGCACCAUUAAUACUACAGUCUUCAUAGAUGUUGUUGAGAGACCCAGAUUUCAAGUAAGGCCAAAGAACAUGACAAUCUAUGAAGGACAUCCAGCAAUGAUGCACUGUGUAGCUAUUGGUGACCCCAAACCAGAAAUCCAUUGGGACAAAAAUUACUUCCAAGACAUUGACAGUAAAAGGAUUACGCUUUUUCCUAAUGGCACCUUGUUUUUCUCCAAAGUUUACAUGGAGGACCAGGGCAGAUAUGGAUGUAAAGCUUCCAACGUGGCAGGAAAAGUCCGCAUAGAGGCCUUUCUUACUGUCUCAACCUCCAUUGAGUACACAAUUGGUAAAUCUAAUGACGAUGGAGGAUCUGACAUGAUGAAAACUAUUAUCAUUGUUGUGUGUAGUGCAGGGGCAUAUUUAGCUUUGGUCGUAGCUCUGACAGCCUACUGUAGCUAUAGACUUCUUAUGCAGAGGAGGAAUAGGAAAGCCACAUCCAAGACAGAAAAUGGCCACAUCUCAACGGAGCAGCAUGAAUUACUGGUCAAAGAGCGAGACAGCGAGUCAAGAAACCAGUGUCGUAGCGAUAGUGACAAUCGAUCGCAUGCCUCAGGACUCAGUUCUCACCCCUCCCAAUCCUCAUCCUCCUACACUCGGUCACGGCGGGGGAGUCUGGAUAGGCUGGUCUACCCAAGACAGAAACUGUCCUCAUUUGGCAUGCUAGGUAAUGGUGUGUAUGGUGAUGUAUUUCUGGCGAAGGCUUGUGAGAUCAGGGACAUAGAACCUGAGACGUUAGUGGUGGUCAAGUCUUUGUUGGUGAAGGAUGAGCACCUGUUCUUUGAGUACCGACAGGAAAUGGAAAUGUACUCUAAACUGGACCACCCCUUCAUCAUCAAGCUGCUGGGGGUGUGUCGAGAGAUUGAGCCUCAUUUCAUGAUCCUGGAGUAUUGUGACUGGGGGGAUUUGAAACAGUUCUUACUGGCCACAAGGGGUCAUAUUAAUGGCCGUCCAUUUCCGUCACGAAUUCCGCCAUUGAGCCUCGCUCAGAAGCUGACAAUGUAUAACCAGAUAGCCUUAGGCAUGGAACAUUUAUCUAAUCAUAGAUUUAUUCACAAAGACCUAGCAGCCAGAAAUAUUUUAUUAACCUCCAGAAUGGAGCUCAAAAUAUCUUCCCUCUCCAUGUGUCGAGAUGUGUAUGCAGGGGAGUACUUUUUUUAUAACCAGAGUCUUCUCCCUUUGAGAUGGACGGCACCAGAAGUGUUACUUAGGAAUGAGUAUUCCACAAAGAGUGACGUUUGGGCGUACGGUGUGUUCAUGUGGGAGGUGUUCAGUCUUGGGGAGCUGCCCUACCCCACACUUUCUGAUGAAGAAGUUAUUAGAAAACUCAAAAUCUGUGAUAUUCAACUGCCAAUGACAGAACAAAUUCCAUAUGAACUGAGAGAUAUUAUUAAGAAAUGUAUGUCAGACAAUCCGCGAGAUCGACCGGCCUUCAGUGAGUUGUGUUUACAUCUCAGUGAGAUGAUGACUAAGUGUCAGACGGUUAGUCUACCAACAUCUAUCUCCCCCCUCCCUGUGUAGAGUGGGGGUACACGUACAAAUUGUUAUAUGCUUUUGUACAUGAACAUUUUAUGAUGUGCCUGUGAAUGAAAGAUGAGAGUGCAUGGUGAGAGGGCCCAGUCUUUAUUAAUUGUUGAUUAAGCAGUUAGCUUCUAAAGUAUAUUAUUGUAUUUGCAAUCAGCUCAAAUGUUAAGAAAUCCAUUUCUUUACACAGAAAAGUUGUUACUUAAUCAGUAUUUAUUCACUAGAUAUUGCAGGAUUUAAAAAAAAUUAUUGCUGCAAGUGAAUGUUGAUCACAUUGACUGACAUUUCAGUACAUAACAUAGUACAGUAUUAUAAAUACAUGUAUAAUUCAGCAUUUGUUUGAUGUUGUUGGAUCUUUGUAUGUGUGAUCUGUUUGAGAGUAUGUGAUAGACUAGGCUUAUUGCUGGUCCAGAGGGUAAACACUAUAAUAUAGAGUUUUGUGUGUCUGUUUGUUUCAUGUUUUGAUAGAUUCUUCUUCACUGAAGUCAUUCAGUCUAAAUAAAAUUGACUAGGUAAAUGUCAGAUAAUGAACUUGUAUGCUUAUAGAACAUUUGAAGUACAUACAUGCAUUACAAAAUUCAUAAUGUAUCUGCAGCUGCUUGUGUGUAUUUGCUGUUGAAUUUAGUGCUUGUUGAUGCUAAGUUGUGUUCCACUUUGUCUAAAAUAAGAAUUCUCCUCAUUAGUUAAAAAAAAUUGUGUACAGGUUGUUUGUUUUUUUUUUUGUUUUGUGUCUGUGCAUACACAUUACCUUCUAAAAAAUUCAAACUGCACAAUGUGCAAAAAUGCCCUUUAGAAGUCUCAUCAAAAGAUAUUGUCAGUAAAUUAAUUUAAAUGUGCAUAUACAAUAUUGUGUAUUUUUCAGCAUAUUUCUAGGGUUAUAUA